AUGGUAUCCGAGCUUGCUGAGGUGGAUAAUAGAAGUAAAUCUCAAUUGGAUAUAUAUCUAGAUGAACCCAAGAUCCCAUUCAAUGAUAAUGAAUAUGAUGAGUAUGAUGUGUUGGCAUUCUGGAGAGCAAAUGGGUCAAGGUAUCCAGAUGUGGCUCGAAUGGCUCGUGAUGUCUUGGCUAUACCAGUUUCCACAGUUGCUUCAGAGUCUGCUUUUACCACAAGGGGCCGUGUUAUUGAUAAAUAUCGGAGCAAACUCCUACCUACCAAUACUGAAGUAUUAAUAUGCCUUCGGGAUUGGAUAUUUGAUAUAGAUUUCAGAGCUAAGCCUUUUGAUGAUCCCACUGACGUGGAUAAUGCACUUAGAAAUGUGUUGGAACUAUUGCACAUUGAAAAGGAGAGAGGUGCAUGUCACUAUGUUGUCUUAAAUCUUCUUUCACUUUUGGUUGUAGUUUCUUGGAAUGGUGGAUGUCCUAUGUUUUUCCCCGAGGCCAGUGAAGUUGAAUUUGCGAGAAAAUCAGCCUUUGGCGGGGCUUCAUUUAAGCUAGAUUAUUUGACAAAGCCGUCAAUUUUUGAAGAUUUUGGUUUUGGCUCAAAGGUGAAGAUGGCAGAUCGUGUGAAGCCAGAGGAUGAACUUCUUCUUGUUGCAUAUCCAUAUUUUAAUGUCAACGAAAUGCUUGUGGUGGAAGAGCUUUAUGGAGAAGCUGUGGAGAAUACUGCUCGAAAAUUGAUUGUAUUCAAUGGAGAAAUCGAUCGGAUAAGAACUGGAUAUUAUCCACCAUUCUUCUACCCAAAGCUGGCAGCACUUGCCAAAAAAUUCCUGCCUAAGAUGGAAACUGUAUAUUAUAUUCACAAUUUUAAGGGGCGGAACGGAGGAAAACUUUUCAGGUGCUACCCUGGUCCCUAGAAGGUCAUGAGGAAAGUGAACAAUACAUACAUCUGUCUGCAUGAGCAGGAAACAAUGCCAUCCCUCAAGGAAGUUGCCCUGGAGAUUCUUCCAUCAGCUUAA